AUGGAAAUUAAAAAUCAUGUGGAUAAAAAAAAAUAUAGAGAGUUAUUUACAAACUUUUCGAAUUUGCUAAAAGAUUAUAUAGAAAUUUCUAUGAAAGCCAUUGGUGCCGAUCCAGAUUUUCGACCAACUAUAACAGGAAUAUUCAAAACACUUGAAAAACUUCAGGCUAAUUUCUUAGCACUUAGACCUUAG